UUCGGGAAUCUUCAAGUGUUGGUGUGGCCCAGCAUCUAACAAACACGGUUUUUAUUGACAGAGCUCUGAUAGUUGUGCCCUGUGCCGAAGAUGACUAGACUGGCCAAGGCAGACCUGUUACACUUGCCUGAAUUAGGCAUUGUUUGCCAUGCCACUAAACCUGCCGCCAAGUGACAACUUCAUGGGGGAAAUGAGAGCGGAGUCUGGCCUGCAGAAGAUGGACGCCCUGUCUCUGUUUUUAUUGUUUUAUUUUGCUUUCUUUUCUUUUCUCUUCUUUUUUUUAAUUUUGUCCCUUUUUUGCUUUAAUUCUUUCAUUUCUACCUGUGAACUGGUUCUUCAGUUCUGUAAAAAUUGUGUUCCAAGAGUUCAUAAUUCAUUUUAAACUUGACCCAGUAAAACUGUUCAUAGAUGGAAUUCCAUCUUUUCAGUAAGAGCUAAGCACCACCUUAGAGCUCGUUUAGAUUUUGUAACUAGACUGUAGAUGUAGUCCUAAGCAUACAUAACUGGACAUAAAAGUCCAUUGAAAUCAAUGGGAAUGACCUUUGAGUAAACCUGGCUAGAACUGGGCUGUUUGACAAGUGAAGUGAUCGGUUUGUUUUUAAUUACUUCAAGGUAUUGCAUAUGUAUGGCUUUGUCUGUACUACACUUUGAAGAGUUCAUUUCUCCUGAAACUUCUUUUCUUUUUUUCUGAAGCCUCUCUGACUCUUACUAAGCAAAGUUAAAGAAUGUAGCAAGUCAGUUGCCAUGUGGAAAGACAAUGGUUCCAUUCACACACUGAGUUGCGUGGGAUCUACUUUUCCAUUGUUUUUCAGCUGCAGUAUGUAUGUGACUUCUAUAGCCAUGUGGGAGAGCUCCAUGGGGAAGAUGUUCCCACAUGGCAGAGCAAAUGUGUGAAGGGGGCCAGUGUUCUUUCUUGAUUUGUAUUUAAAAAAAAAAAGCCAGCGUAUUAAUUUCUGCUACAGAUCUUGAAAAUAUGGAGAGCACUCAGAAUAACUGAAUUGACAUGAAUUAUUGACCAAUGUUUAUUUUGUAUACUGUCUUCUCUUUACUGUAGCAUUCUAUGGGAAGACGACAAGCACCACUAAUUUUUCUCUUGCAUCUUGACACAUGAUUACGACAUAUUCUUUUAGCUACAGCAGAUACACAUCAUACAAGUUUGAAUAUUUUCUGCGAAAACUUACCAAGAAAAAUACCAGCAGUUUUUUGUUACCUUUCUGUGUAUUAGAGAUAAGACAGCCCAAAUUACCUUGUCAUCUCUUCCAUCACGGUGCACGCUCUCUCUCUCUCUCUCUCUCUCUCUUAAAGUAUUUUCAUAUACUCUGAAACUUCCGGUAAUUUUAUGUAAGCAGAUAGGGAAAUAUAGCAAUAGAUUGUCCUGAUUUUUCUAAUGGCCCAACAGCAUUUCUACUAAAGCCACUUUCAUUUUUGGGAUAUAUAAAGAUGACCUCAGGUGAGGGGUAAGACACCUGCCAGAGUUGUUAAUUUCAGAGAAGUAAAUUAUCAAAAGUAAUUAUAUUCAUCAGUUUAAAAUGACUUGGUCUAGCUCUGAACAAAAUGCCGUGUGUGUGGUCUCCAUGCACGCUUCAUAUCGUUGCUUUUAAGAAGGUUAUUUUAGUCAUUGCCAGUGCUCAGUGUGUUGUACACAGGAAGGAGUCCAAGCUAUAAGAAAGUCUUUUACAGAGACCGUAACUACUGCUGAAAUAAGAUUUAUUGCUUGGGAGAAGUAAAUCCCAUUUUUUAUCACUAAUAUUAGAGAAGUAUAGAUAUAUUUAGCCAGGAACAAAAUUAAUUAAGUAAUAUAUUAGUUUGUUACAGUAGUUGAGUAUUUGCUGGGCCCUUUUUCUGGAUAUUAGCUUUUAUUUAAUAAACGUUUUGAUGAUCAGAAGUAGGUUUUUGUUAUUUAGUUUUGAAGGCAGGUCUUCAAAAUUCUGCUCUUAAAAAUAAUAAAGACGUGUGUUUUCUAGUAAAAUAUUCACCAUUUAUGUUAUUCUAAAUGUUCCUACUCAGUAGUUAUGGCUGUAAUAGUGUACAAGGAUAAAUUAAAGCUUUACUUAUAGACCUGGUUUGCAGGUAAUGACAAUCCUUGGGUAGUCGGGGCUGUGCAGGGAAGAGCAAGCACAUUGCCUUGCAACUGCUCGCCAUUUCUGCUUUAUUUCUGGAUUAUGCAACAACCCAGGACAGUGAUGUUUGAACCUGGAACUCUGAGUUGUUGAGGGGGAGAAAACAGAGUUUUAACCCAAUAACAAACCAGGGGGUUAAAACUCAACAACCCAGAGUUCUGGGUUCAGGAAUGGGACAUUCUUGGGUUGUUUUGUAAUCCGGAAACAAAGCGGAAAUGCCAAGCGGGCGUUAGGCAGUGCGCUCACUCCUACAUGGCUCCAACAACCCAUGGCUGUUGUUAUGUGUGAAUCAGGCUGUAGGAUUUUAUAUAACUUGGUGCCUCUCCACUGACUGAAAGCUCUUUGAUCCAGCACAGCAUUCCAUGAGUGCAAUACAGGGAGAGGCUAUUUUUGGUGAAUUUCUGUCUGCUGCAGCCCACACCGCCUCUCACGUGUCCUGCCCUCUGCAGAGAUUUUAGUGUAGUGCGGAGAUCUGUAGUGGGAAGGAGAAAUUACCAAAAUUUGACUACCUCCCUGUUCUACUGGAAGAAGCCUCCACUGGAUCAAAAAACUUCCAUCAGCGCAGAGGCCCCAAUUAGAUUCAACCUAUAGUAUCUGAGCAUGGAAGUCUGCCAUCCUAUACUGACUUACCUGGGAGCAAGUCCCAUUGAAGUUAGUGGAGCUUUCUUCUGAGUUGAUAUGUAUAGGAUUGCACUUGAAAUGGUCUAAGUGCAUUCUGCUUAACAUUUACAUCAGUGGCAGGAUUCCCAUUGUGUGGUUUUUGUUUUUUAAAUCGUUUGAUCUUGAGGGUUAAUAUCAAAUUAGAACAGUUGUGCACUUAAAUUCUACUGAAAUCAUGAGACUGGCCAGACCAUACAUAGCUGGGUGAUAGUUUGGUUCUUACAUAACUGGGUCUGCUGGGGGCAGGGAGUGUUCAGCCCCAAACCAGCAACAUUUAAACUCCUGUGUCUGAAUAAAAAAUCAUUUCCAUUACAAUACUACUAUUGCUGUGUUACCGUUCAGUUUUAUUUUGCCAUUGUAUGCUUCAGAAACUCAAAUUGGCUCAGGAGCUUGAAUGCAGUGCAGGUCUCCAGGGCACCUUGAAUACCACAGAUAUCCUCUCACUUUUGAAGAGUGACCACAACCCUUCAAGAAGUUAAUGUAGUGCUUUGAAAAUUUGCCCUAUCUUGUUUUUGUCUUGCUCUGGAAGAUGAAGACUAUAUCAUUAAAAGAUGGGGCAGAGAGCACUUUAAAAAUAUAUGUCCAGAAACCAUUUAGAUUUCUUCCUUUGAAAAUGCGAUUAAAACACCAGGUAAAUCGGAUUCUUUGUGAGGACAGAAUUGAUUAGAACACGUGUAGUUAAUUUGACAAGUAACACUUAGUGUUACUUCAGGCAAAGGUGACUCCUAGGCAAAGCACUUUGCCAUGUGCAGUUUGUAAUUUCUGGUCAGCCUUUCAACUCAGCCUUUCAAAUCUGUGUGUGUUUGAAUGUUUUACUCUUGGGCUUUCUUGCGUCAAGCUUAGUUAGGUAGAACCUGAAAUUGCAAUAAUUAGCUGCUUUUAGGAUCUCUUCGGGAAGCGGUGUUAUGCUUUUAGUAAAGUUCAAUGCACUUAGUAGUCCACAGAAGACAUAAUGUUUAACCCAGGAUAGUGCUAAAACAAAUUUGGAUUAAGAUCCCAAACAUACAGUGAAACAAUGGUUUCUUGUACUGAGAGAAGCUUUUUCCUCAGAGGAUGUAGAGAGAGAGAUCAGCAAAACCCGCUUGUCACUUUGCAGUGCCUUAACUAUGUUUACUUGGUGGAGAAGUAAUAUUUAACAAUGGUUUAGGCAUUCAGACAUAAUGCUUAAUAAUGGUUAUGUCUGUAUAGGGCCAGCGUGAUUGAGCAAAUAUUUCAUUAAAGAUUCUAAUCACCUACUCCCUCUUGAAGUUGGACUGUAAUAAGGACCUCAUUAGGCUGAAGUAUCUAAGCUACAAGCCAGUAUGUUUCUAGGGUUCCUGCCUUACUUGUUGCUCCAGACUGACUACUGGCAGUCAUCUGGUAACAUUUUUCAUAGCCCUUGCUGCUGAAGAAAAGGGCAGAUUUUGGUUAGCACACUCCUGUUUCCUCUUUUUUUCCUUUUGACUGAUUUGGUUAUUUGCCAUUUCUGGGGAUUAAACUUUAAAAAAUGUUCUUCUUUUCUGUAUCUGAUGUUCUGUGUGCUAUUAGUGAUGCAGCCAACACGAACGGUUGUCAUGUGUAACACAACUUUCGAUCACCGUGAAAACAACGUCCUGCGAAAGCGUCCAUGCUUGAUAUCGUUUGGUUCAUGAACAUUAAGUUUCCAGUACAGGUAAAAUUCCAGAUGAAGCCAAAGCCCUCUCUCUCUUGGCUCCUGCCCCUACAAUGACAAGCCUGAUUCCUGGUGGAGGGUUGCUUCCUAUACCAACACCUCCUGUGAGCUCGAUUGGCAUUUCUCUUGGUCCACUGGGAGCUAUACCAGCAGCAGCGUUGGAUCACAAUAUUACAGCCAUUGGAGACAUACCCCAGCCCCCCAUUAUGGGCAAUGUGGACCCUUCCAAGAUUGAUGAAAUUAGAAGGACUGUGUAUGUUGGAAACUUGAAUUCCCAGACUACUACAGCUGAUCAACUGCUUGAAUUUUUUAAACAAGUUGGGGAAGUCAAGUUUGUGCGGAUGGCGGGUGAUGAGACGCAACCAACACGCUUUGCUUUUGUGGAAUUUGCUGACCAAAAUUCUGUACCUAGAGCCCUUGCCUUUAAUGGUGUUGUGUUUGGAGACAGGCCACUGAAAAUAAAUCACUCCAACAAUGCAAUAGUGAAGCCUCCUGAAAUGACCCCGCAAGCCGCGGCUAAGGAAUUAGAAGAAGUAAUGAAGAGAGUACGGGAAGCCCAGUCUUUUAUAUCUGCUGCUAUUGAGCCAGAGUCUGGAAAGAGCAGUGAAAGAAAAGCUGGUCGAUCGCGCUCCCAUUCACGUUCAGAAUCCAGAUCUAGUUCAAAAUCUCGAAGGAAAAGAUCACACUCAAAACGCAGGAGUAGAUCCCGUGACAGAUCACGCUCUAGUCAGAAGGACAGGCUCAGGUCCAGAAGUCCACUCAAAAAGCGCUCGAAAUCUAAAGAACGGAAGAGAUCGAGAAGCCGGUCUCCUUCUCGGGAGAAGAGGAAGGAAAGCAAAGAGAGGGUCAGAGAAAAAGAGAAGGUUAGAGAGAAAGACAGAGAGAAAGAAAAAGAGAAGGAUCUGGACAAGGACAGAGACAGGGGCAGAGACAAGGAGAGGGGCAGGGAGAGAGAGAGAGACAAGGAGAGGACCAAGGAUCGAGACAAGGAUCGAGUGAAAGACAAGGAUAAGGAUAGAGAGAGGGACAGAGAGAAGGAGAAAGACAGAGAGAAGGAAAAAGACAGAGAGAAGGAGAAGGACAGAGAGAAGGAGAAAGUGCCAGACAUAGAAAAAGACAAGGGAGAGGAUCUGGACAAAGAAGGGGAAAAGGUCAAAGAGAGGGAGAAGGAAAAGGAGAAGGAGGGAGGCAAGGAGAAGGAUGACAAAGAACAGGUGAAAGCAAAAGAGGAGGACAAGGAGAAAGACAAAGAGAAAGAGGGGGAGAAAAAGAGUGAAAAAGAAAGAGACAAAGACAAGGAAGGAGAGAAGGUAAAAGACAAGGAUAAGGAGAGGGAACGAGAGAGGGAGAAAGAGAGAGAUGAAAAGAAGAAAAAGGAGAAGAGAUCCAGGACGCCCCCCAGAAGCUACAGCUCCUCAAGAAGAUCGCGUAGUUCCAGCAGAGAUAGACGGAAGAGGAAGAGCCGAAGUCCCUCAAAGUCACCCAGACCAUCUAAAAUCACCAAAAGGAAAUCUUCCCGGUCUCCGUCACCAAGGAAAAAUAAGAAAGACAAAAAGACGGAGAAGGAGAGAGACUUGAGUAAUGAUAGAAGAGAGAGGGAUAGGUCUACCUCCAAGAAAAAGAGUAGCAAAGACAAAGAUGUUAAAGAAAAAUCUGAUAAAGCCACAACUUUCAAGGAUAAAGAUUUGAGUAAAGAAAAUCUGAAUUCUGAAAUUGAUAAAGCAGAGAAGGAAGAUACAGCUCUUGUAGAAGAAGUCAAACUGCAGCAAAAUGGGAACUGUCAACCAAAUGAAGAAAACAUCUCAGUUAAAACAGAAGAUGUAUAGAGUACCGAAUGGACUUCUGACCCAAACAUAAAGCUUUUCCUCCCGUCCCCCACAAUCCACCAAAAGAGGAUAAUAAUAAUCAACCGGAUAUGUCAUAUUGUGCUAGGAGCUCUUCCGGUUCUUGUGGUGGUUUGGUCAUCUUGAAGACAAGCAAGAAGCAGAACUGAACAAUAGGAUACGCUGUGACAAAAGCCAACAGCAUAAAUCUGUUCAUCUGGAGGAAUCUGUUUUUCUGUGAUGAUAAUAAGAUUGGCCUACAGCUGUUACAAAUAAGUGGAUGUAAUCUGUAUUACCCAGACAAGCUGCUGGGCAUGCAUUGAAAGUUGUUAAGAUAUUGGCAGCCCGAUGAAUCUUAUGUUUUGCUUUAUGGGUUUUUAAACUAAACCCCAUGUGAUAUGUUUUGAUGAUGUGCUUGAAAAUGGUGCAGAAAUAACAUGCUUCCCUUGUUGUUGUAAAUGACAGUGAUGAAAAGUUUUAACCUAACACAGUUUUACAGUUAUUGUGUUUAUGCCCACAAAGGCAAGUGAAGAUUCUUUCCUUCGUUGCUUGUGACUUUCUUUUUAUAUUUGUAGGUAAUUUCCUUAUAAAUAAGUCUGAAAUCUUUCUCUUACUAGUAGUUGAUCAAUGCAUGCUAAUGUUCUGAUUCUAGAGAGAACCGUCAUGUUUAUACUGGAUUUCCAUUCUUCCAACUAUAAGCACAUCUAUGUAGUAAUUUCCAAACAAAUGGCUUCGUUUUGAACUAUAUUGCAGUGUGCCCAGUCACCUGUAAAUAGGACAGAUACCUGUGGCAAGAAUAAAUGUUUUGCUUUUGAACUGGGAUGUGGGAGCACAAGCUGAUGCUUUAGUGCCUUCUUUGAAACACAGAAUAGUGAUUUCUAAAAUCUGUGUGCUUUUAAAUCCCCUCUUCGUUGAAUUCUUGAUCAUUUAGAUCUAUCACACUAAUAGGCAAGCAUUUGAGAAAGAUCUCAGCCUUGUCAGUCAUUGGUUGACAACAGGUUGACGAUCUCAUUAAAUAAAAAAAAAGCUCAUAGCUAAAAUCGCUGUUCAAGGAUGAGCAUGAGGUGAGUUUAACGUAAUCUACAAUUCAGUUAGUCUAAACUGCUGGGCUGUAUUCUAAAUAAAAGUUGAUUUUAACUGGGUUGUGGACUGAGCUGAAUAUGAAACAAUGAAAUCAAAAGUUCCCUUUAAACAUUUAUUCUCCUUUGUACAUCCUCAAGAGUUUAUUUCUAACACCGGUUGUGUAACAUGACAGGAACAGCUUGCAAGUUCUUCUUGGAUAAGAAGUAAUCACACAAAUUCCUAUGUACGUAUUAGGAAGUAGUUUUUAAGAAAACAGUACAUGACAAAUGCAACUCCUCUCUGAAUUUAUUUCAGCAUUGUAAGACUGAAAGUAAUUGUAUUCUAAAAUCAAGAACUAUUUGAGUAUAACAUAAUACAAUCAAAUUGCCUUACCUCACGGGAAAGAGUUAUGAAAAAGCCAAGUUAAGCAUAGUGGCUUUCAAUUUGUGUUCUCGAAAAUUGCAGUUAAUAGACAAACAUUUCAUGGUAAAUGGAAAAAUGAAAUCACACUAUGGUGAUGAAACCCAUUGAUUGUGGCAAUGCUUUAACAGCCCAUUGUUUUUGUUCUUUGUUUUAGUCUAAAGGGUCCCCCCCUCCUUUUGGCUUCUGUGUACAUGAAAACUAUAGUGAAUGCUUUACCAUGUAAAGUAUGGACAGUACUUUUUUGUGAUGUUUAAGCCACAAGCCGUUGGCUAGCAAACAGCUUAUUCUGAUAAAGUAAUGACAAAUCUCAUAUGCUUCUUGAAGGACUGUGAAAGAUUGUGUCUCCGAACAGCAGCUUUCAUAUUUAUGAUGUGUAAGUAGUAUAGAGCAAAGAUUGUAUACUUGUUAUCUUUGGUACCAUCACUAAUAAAAUUAAGUAUUUUAGA